AUGUUACAACUCAUCAUCGGAGCGGCAGUUCUUGUCGCUCUGUUUUACUACAUCGCAAUCAGACCCAUGAGCUAUUGGAAGAAUCUUGGUAUCAAGCAGAGCAGUCCCAAAUGGUUGGUGGGAGACAAUUUCGGUACCUUAUUCAAGACGGAAAGCUUCGCCGGAAUGGUCAAACGACUCUAUAAUCAAUGCCCUGAAGCUACCAGAUAUUUUGGGAUGUACCAGUUUACCCUGCCUACGUUGAUGAUCAAAGAUCCGGACUUGCUCAAACAAAUCACUGUGAAAGAUUUCGAAUAUUUCAUGGACCACAGGGUUUUCAUCCCGGAAGAUGCUGACCCACUAUGGGGAAAGAAUUUAUUCGCAUUAACAGGACAAAGAUGGAAGAACAUGAGACCGAUUCUGAGCCCCUCUUUCACCAGCAGCAAGAUGCGGUCCAUGUUCGUGCUGAUGUCCGAGUGCUCGGAGACAUUCGUCAAACAUUUCUUGGACAAGAACGACGACGUCACCGAAAUCGAGAUGAAAGACAUGUUCACCCGAUUCACCAACGACGUCAUAGCGACGACGGCCUUCGGGGUCAAGGUCGACUCGCUGGCCAAGCCGAAGAACGACUUUUACUUGAUGGGAAAGUCGGCCACGGACUUUUCCGGGAUAUGGAAGAACCUCAAGUUUUUCGGGUACAUGGUCAUUCCCGGAUUUUUCAAGUUCUUCAAAAUCGGCCUGUUCGAGAAGUCAGUAUCACAUUUUUUUAUUGAUCUGAUAAACGACACAGUCAAAACCCGAGAAGAAAAACAUAUUGUGCGACCAGACGUGAUACAUUUGCUGAUGGAAGCAAGAAAAGGAAUCCAGCAGAAAGAAGAAUCUAACGUACCUGAUACUGGAUUCGCUACUGUACAAGAAGCCGAUUUAGGUAAAGCGGGCGGCGCAGUGAAAGAAAUCACCAACUUGGACAUCACCGCGCAGGCGCUGAUCUUCUUCUUCGCCGGCUUCGACACCGUCUCAUCGCUCAUGUGCUUCAUGGCGUACGAGUUGGCCGUCAAUCCCGAUAUUCAGACCAGGCUCAGGCAGGAGAUCAGGGAGACGUUGGACGAGUGCAACGGGAAACUGACGUACGAGGCGCUACUGAAAAUGAAGUACAUGGACAUGGUUGUCUCAGAGACUUUGAGGAAAUGGCCUGGAGCCAUAGCGGUCGACAGGAUCUGUACCAAGCCCUACACCAUCGAGCCCACCCUUCCCGGCGAAAAGCCGGUCCAUAUAAAAAAGGGCACGGUCAUGUGGCUGCCCAUCAUCGCCAUACACAACGACCCCAAGUUUUAUCCUAACCCGGACAAAUUCGACCCGGAGCGGUUCAGCGAGGAAAAUAAGGGCGAUAUCAACCCUUAUGCCUAUUUGCCCUUCGGUUUGGGCCCUAGGAACUGCAUAGGGUCGCGGUUCGCCCUGCUGGAGAACAAAACUGUCAUGUUCCACAUUUUGAGGCAUUUUGAAUUUGUGCCUACUGGGAAGUCCAGGAUUCCGCUGACGUUGUCGAAGAGGAGUUUCAAUUUGCUGGCUGAAGGCGGGUUUUGGUUCGGGCUGAAACGAGUGAAGAAUUAG